AUGUUCGACUGGCUGAAACGACUUUUCUCCUCCGAUGCCCAGGCGAACGCCAACACAAACCCGACUGCUGAAAACUCCAAAUCGCAAAAAGAAUAUGAAAAGGCCCAGAAACGGGCUGCCAAAAGGCGCAGCCAGCAGGUGCGCGCUCGUGAACGGGAGUUGGCGCGGAGGCAGCAUGGAGAUGGGAAAUUCUACAUAGGGGGUUCAGGGGAUGCCGGAGGACAAGCUGGAAUGUAA